AUGAACUUGAGCUCGUCCGAGCGGCUGCCAAUACCCGUCCUCUGCACCGAUACCAGCCAGCGCCACUGCUGCCGCCGCUGGAUUUAUGUGGCCCCUUAUCUGUUCCGGUUCCCCCACCGGGCUGCAGGCAUUAACCCCUCACUAAAGGAAAGUCAGACCCACGGAGCAGCAUCGCUCCACACAAGGCGACGCCACCCGUGCCCCGCGCCCCGCACGCGCACUGGGGCUGUCGAGCGGAGUGACUCGUGCCGUGACGUAGGCACGGGGCAGGGCCGGAGCCGGGGCCUGCGCCGUUGCCAGGGUGACGGGAACACAACAUGGCGUGCUGAGGGCCGAGCCGGGAGGUGCUCGGAGAUCGGGAGGGGCCCCGGCCGCUCUCUCCCUCACCCUGAGACCCGCAGGCGAGCGCAGGAUGUACAAAAUGGGAUAUUUCACAGAGAUGUGAAACCAGAAAACAUAUUAAUACAGAAAAAGACCCUGAAGUUAGGAGAUUUUGGAUCUUGUACAACUAUCUCUUCUAAGCAGCCACAUACAGAAUAUAUCUGCACACGCUGGUACCAAGCUCCUGAGUGCAUCCUGACAAAUGGAUGCUAUAGUUACAAAAUUGAUAUCUGGAGUGCUGGCUGUGUUUUCUAUGAAAUCGCAAGUUUUCAGCCUCUCUUCCCUGGAUCUAAUGAGCUAGACCAAAUUUCAAAAAUCCAUGAAGUUUUAGGCACUCCUGCUAACAAAACUCUCAGCAAGUUCAAGCAGUCAAGAAUGGCAGGAUUUGAUUUCCCCUUUAAAAAAGGAACAGGAAUACCUCCUCUUGUGCACAAUUUGUCUCCCAAAGGCUUAUCUCUCCUGUAUGCAAUGAUAACGUAUGAUCCUGAUGAGAGAAUUGCUGCCCAUCAAGCAUUACAGCACCCUUAUUUUCAAGAACUCUGGCAAGCCAAUACACAACCUUUGGCCAUGCACAAAAACCCAAGAUUACCAGGAAAUAGAUCAGGGCAGGUACCUCUGCAUUUGGUGCAAGUUUCAGAGGAAAGUCGAAGGCAGCGUUCUCUUAGGGAAGUCCAGGAAAAAGCAAAACAACAACAUGGACCUCCUGGUGCAGAAUUACCAAAACUAAAUCAUUCUGGAGUAGCCUCAUUGACUUCCCGUCCUACUCUUACAUUGCAUUCGGUUUUCCGGCCACCUAAGGAACACGGUGAACCCUCUGUGUUACAGUCUGUUAGAUUUCUGGGAUCAAAUAUCAAGUCUAACAACCAGAAGGCACUUAAGUCUUCCCCAAAACACUUCCACUUACCUGCUAUAAAAUGAAGAGGAGGAGGUUACUGAUCACCUGGUAAAGUGCCUGGAGUGUGAGGAAAUGCACAACUAUGCCAUAAGAGACCCACUCACAUUUCUGUUGUUACAGUUCUAACAAGAACAGCAGCACCUUCUUUUGUUUCUCUGACACCUUAUAGGAAAAGCCCAUAAGGUGAUGAAGGGCUGCUUGCCCACCACUGUUCCUGAAGGGAACAGACUUUAUCAGUAUUCAAUUAAUGUAUCAGUAUUUAAUUAAAGCGUUGU